AUGGCACGAGAAACCAGGAAUAUUCACAGCCAUAGCUUGAGUGGCAAGGUUCUUUGCUCUGAAGCUCGACCAUGGAUAAUGGAAAAAGAGGAAGCAGGUGAUGCAUCCAUGCAGAUGUAUAAAACCUGGUUGUUUAACAACAAGAAAAAGAAGGACAGGAAGGACAUGAUAAAGUAUGGGAUGAAAUGGACCCCUAGGAUGGUGGUCUAUCAGCAGAACAGAGAUGACGUGCUCAAGAGGAUUGAGGUGGACUACGGGGGAAGCCAGGAGCUUCAGAUAUGUUCAAGUAUUACCAGGCGACUGUCCGGAAGGCAUAAUGAUAAUGAGGCAUUGGGAGAUGGAGACAGCUUUAUGAAGACAAAGAACUGGGAGGAUAUCAAACCAAUGUGGCAGGAGUAUGCACAAGCACAGUUUGGUGCUGAGGCAAGGGAUAGGCAAACAACAGGAGAAGGGACAUUGAAAAAGACUGAGGAAACCAGCCUUUGA